AUGUCUACAAACUCCGAAGACCCUAAUUCAGCUUCUUCAAACUUAGUCCAGGCCAGAAGGAAUAAUCCGGACCCUCUAAUACUCAAUUGUAUUCAGCCCGGAAUAUCUGUUAUCUCAUCUUCUAUUAGCUCUCCUACGGAUGGUCUUUCAAUCGAGGAUACACUACCUCAGAAUGAUGACCCGAACCUGCAACUGUUAAAUCAGCCAAGUUAUGAAAGCAAUCCUAUGGAAAGGGACAUGGCGGGUAGGGAUCUGGCUGCAAUUCACCUCGAAAGGCCUGCAUCAAUCAAUAUGGUUACCUCUGCGUAUUCCGCGGGCGAUUAUAACGAUUAUAACGAGAGAGGAUUCUUUCCACCAACAGGGCAAGAUAGUGGAGAGCUAAAGCGAGUUGAAGGGGUACUCGCUUCGGCCUCUGAUGCACGCCACAUCAUAAUCAAUACAGACUCGGAAUAUAUCCUCAGAUGUGUUAAAAAUUGGCGUCCGCUCUGGGAACGCUAUGGCUUCGUUGAUGGGGAGGGAAAUUCCAUCGCCGAUUAUGAAGUGAUCAAAAGCAUCCUCAACAUUAUCGAUAGGAGGACGCUGAAUAACAAGCGAACAACUUUUAAAUAUAUUGAAGGAAUAAGCGAAGAUUUAUGCUUUAUUCCUCCGAUACGGCCGGCUAACGAAGCAGCUCAGUGGAUUGGGUGGGUCGAAUAG